UUAUUUUGAAAGUCACAUCAACCCCGGAAGUGACAUUUCACCAGACGUUGGACGUUUCCUGGUUCAUGUUUAAUCACAAAUGUAUUUGAUAUCGAAAACAUAUCAAAUAACGAUUUACAACAGAGAGAUCAAUUUUUUUGCCAUCACAGUCGUCCCGUUAAUUGGUACUAAAACCAUGCUCGGUAGAUACACAACGUGAUAUCGUCGAAAACAACAUCAACAAAGCUAGGCUUGGCAUGGAGCUUGGCAUGGAGGCAGUGGAGGAUGAUAUCUGCAUUCUGAAGCAUGAGACGGCGUACGGUGGAGCAGGGGAGAGCCCCGUGUCCGUGUGUGCCGGGGAUGAGUCCGUAGCCUCCCACUUUGCCUUGGUCACAGCAUACGAGGACAUCAAGAAGAGGCUGAGAGACACGGAGAGAGAGAACACACUGCUGAGGAAGAGAGUCAAACAACUGGAAGAUAAGCUGUUCAGGCCUGAAGCUCCUUCCCCUGAAGGACCCCAGUACGUCAACAAGGCCUUCAGUGCCUACCGUGGCAUCUACAUGGAGAAGGAGGACCUGCAGCUGGAGCUUAAUAAACUGAAGAGGGAGAAGAGUGAGUCUGAGAGGAACUCCUGA